ACCCCUCUCUCCCCUCUUCGUCGCUCUUGAUGUCUUCGAUCGACUGAAUACCACCGCUCAGCGUCCGUCAUACAGCUAGCUCGAUUGUCGUCAAAGUUGUCCGUAUUCUGAGGGCCCAACAUGCCCUCUACUCUGGCCCUGGCGGCGACAGCAAUCGCCGUCAUCUAUUCCUUCCUCCGUGCCCUCGUCUAUCUCAGACAUGAUUCCCGAGAACCCAAGCCCAUCGUUGGCGCCAUCCCCUAUCUCAGUCCCCUCUUAGGCAUGCUGAUCGAACAGGACAAGUUCUAUAAGCGAAUGAGAGACGAGACCCAUCUGCCCAUUUACACGCUGAAUAUACCGGGCGUACCUGUCUACAUUGUCAAUUCGCUUGAGGUGCUCCAGCGCGUAGACCGCCACAUCGAUACCCUACCUUUCGCCCCUAUGAAAGCCCGGACAUGCAAGAAGGUCUGCAGCGUCAGUCAAGCUGGUAUCAGCAAGAUAUAUGGGAACAACCUCUUGGCGCAGGACGGCUAUCUGAACAGUCACCAACGCGCCUCCGCCCAAGCCGGCGCACCGGGCGCCAGUCUGAAUGCUCUCUCACGGUCAGCAAGCAAGGUUUUUGCCGCUGCUUUCGAUCGAGUCGAGGCACGAGGCCGCACGGCCGUGGAUCUGUAUGAAUUCGUCCACGACGCAACAUUCAACGCCACGACGGACGCCAUGUACGGUCCCCACAACCCUUUCCGUACCGAGAAGAACCUCAACGACUGGGCCAUCUUCGAAGCCGGACUGCCAAUGCUGUUCCUCGGCUUUCUGCCCAAAAUCCUGGCGAGAAGGGCGUGCAAGGCAAGGCAACGCCUAGUCGCAGCUUUCAUCGACUAUUUCGGCAACGAGAAACACCUUGACGGCGGCUCUCUUUUCGUCCAGCUCACGAACAGAGUUAACGACAGCACCGGCUUGAGCCUAGUGGACAAGGCCCGGAUAGAGGUCGGUCAGGUAGCCGCAGCGACUUUCAACACGGCACCGGGUGCGUAUUGGUGUGUCUGGGCCAUUCUGUCCGAUCCCGUCGUGUUCGAGGACUGCAGGAAAGAAGUCAUGCGGCUGGUGGACGAGGUAAACGGUACGCACACCAUCGACCUCGCGCGCGUGAGGACGGAAUGCCCGCUGCUCGUGUCGACCCUGCAGGAAGCCAUGAGGUUCUACGGCGCAUCUGCCUCGCUGCGCCUCAUCUACGAAGACACCAUGCUCGGCGACGAGUACCUAUUGAAGAAGGGCGGCGCCGUGCUCAUGCCCAAUGCCUUGUUCCAUACCGACGAGACGCUUUGGGGCCCUUCCGUGGGCGAGUUCGAUCACACGCGCUUCUUGAAGGCGGGCCGUCGCAAGUCCAGCACCAAGCACCCGGCUGCCGCGUUUCGGGGCUUCGGCGGCGGCCAUGUCCUAUGUCCGGGGCGGCAUCUGGCCAGUACCGAGAUGCUGGCCCUGAUGGCCCUGAUCCUCGCGCGUGUCGAUGUCGUUCCCCCUGGGGGCGAAUGGCCAGCGGCCCCGAUUGGUCUGGCAGCCGGCAGAGCAUUGCCUCUGCCAAGUAAGCGGGUGCUCGUUGACUUCAUCCCCAGGGCCGCUGGCAAGUGGCGGGUGAUAUUCACUGAUAAAGACAAUGGCGGUGUGAAUCUUGUAGCGGAAGAUAUGCACAGUGCCAACGGCUGAAAUGAUUGGUACUACCUAUAUUUGAAUAUCCUAAUAUCCUACUAUCUCAGCCCCUGGGUGUUUUGAUGUCUUGACACCCAUGGCAAGAAGCAAAUAGUUCGGGUUCGAUCGCUC